UACGGCAGGUUGAAUACUUAAAUUUGUAAAUGCAAUGUCAGAAUAUUGUCGCAUUACUACAAUAUGUGAUAAUUUCGAUUUAAAUUUAUAUUAUUUUAUGAUAUUUUGGAGAUUGUGAAUAUUAAUUAUGAUACACGUGUCAUCACCGACAUCACUAAAAUUUGAUAGAGUGAAACGUAAAGGUGUAGCGUUUUUAUCUGGAUUAUUCAGGACGAAACGAUUGAUUGUUGGUAUGAAGAUUGAUGAGGAGGACGAAAUGGAACGACCGAGAAUCGAAACACCUGCGAUCGUUUCAAACAGGAUUCCGUCGAGUUUAAGUGUUGCGGCAGUCGAUGUUGUGCUAAGUCCCUCGUCAGUGAGUCAGUCUUCACCCUCACAUUCAAUUCUCACCCUAACGCCGGGACGGACACGAAACAUUGAUCAGGAUAUGGAAGCACUUCGUUUAAGUCGUCAAGAUAAUCCGUUUCUACAGAUUUUAGCAAGCCGUGAAAGCCUAAUAGAAUCAAUGGAAGAGUCCGAGUCAGACGAUGCAAUAUUAAUGUCACAAGAAUUGGGUGACGGUGAUCCUCUAACAUUAGCACAAGUUCACGAGCAUUUAGUACGAAGCCCACCGCCUGCUUCGUGGCCUCUAACACCUGCUUUUCCUUUUAAUCCAGUACCCAUUGAUGAUUCCACUAAUACGUGUCCGAUGACGCGUUACAAAACCCCAAGUCCUUCAAAAAACACUUGCUGCAAGCGAGAUCGUAUUACGGAUUCAAGUACACUGUCUAAGAGUGAGCCUUCAAAUGAUCUCAGGGACCGACAUACGCACACAUUUUCUUUAUUAAAUCCUACUCCAAUCCGAACAUUAUCCGAAGUACGACGACUUCACAGGUCAGCAGAUGACAAUGUUCAAUUGAUGUCGUCAGAAUAAUAAUUUUAAUGAUAAUUAACAAUAGACUUCAAUGAAAAAAAAAGUCGUUCCAAAAAUUCAUGAUAGUGAAAUUUUAAAACUGAGACAAUUCUGAACUUUAAGUCGAACAUUUUUGGAACUUUGAAAAAAUUAUAAAGUGAACAAUUUACAGCUGGUGUAGGCUUUGCCUGUCCGUUUUUUUUUUAUUUUUUAAGCAAAAAUUAUUUAACUUGACAAUUCUUCGGGUUUAGAGAACAUAAAUCUAAUACAUGUUCAUAAUUCCUAAUUAAUUCCUUUUUUUUUUUUUUGAGAUCAGAAUUAUUCAGGUAUGAGACGAAAGAAAAAAAAAGAUUUAUGAACAUUUUUUUACUUUUAUUAGAACUUUUUAGGAAAGUCCGUUUUUUUUUUUUCACUUUUCGUACUCGUUCAAAAAUAGUCCAAAAAAUUACUGAUUAAAACUUUUUAUGAACUCACAAAAUUGUCAAUUCAAAUCAUUUUUGCUUAAAAAAUUAAAAAAAAAUAUAAACCCGCAAGAAAAGUUCAUACUAGUUGAAAAUUUUUUAUACUUCUAGUUAUUUUGAAGUUCCAAAAAUCUGUAACUCAAAGUUCAGAAUAGUUUCAAUUUUUGAAGUUCACUGUCAGGAAGAAAGUUUUAGGAACGAAUUUUUUUUACACGGGUUACUUACACAACUAAACAAAUACAACCCCUUUUAAACCUUUUCUCUAAUUAAUUAAUUAGUUAAUUAAAUAACAACUAAGCACAAAUUUAGUUCAUAAAAUAAAAAAAAAUUAACAAAGCAAAUUACAAACAAUGCAAUCUAAUGAUAUACAAAUUAAUGUAUAUUCACUCGUACUUAGUACAAUUUAUUUUAAAUUAAUAUUUAUAAAGAAAUAAAUUUUACAUUAUUAUUUUUAUAAAUGACACAUUUUUUUUUGUAAUUUAAAUAAUUUAUUUUUUAUUUUAUCAAAAAUCGCACAUAAUUAUUUAACGUUACCCGCUCAAUAAUUUAAUGAAACAUGAGUCGAUUAUUCGGGCCUAGUUAUUUAAAUACUUGAGUUUGUUAAAGAUUUAUAAAUAAAUUUAUAUAUUAUUAAAUUAAAUAUAUAUAUAUAUUGUAUAAUUAUAAUGGGUGCUAAUUGUGCAAAUAUUAAUUUUAUUAAAAGAAAUAUAUGAUAAAUAAUAAUUAUUAUUAUUUUAUAAUUUAUGUUGAUUCAAAUCUAACAAAUAAAAAAAUUUCAUCUAUACAUUUAUCAAAAUAGUUGAUUAUUUGUAGUUAUAUAAAUUUAAAUAACAAAAAGAAAAUUUUAAUUAUUGUAAAACGAUUCUCGUUAAGAGAUUAUUAGUGGAAUUUAUAUUAUAAUUAAUUUAUAGUAAUUUAUUAAGUAAUGAGAAAAAAAAAUCUAUCAACUUUUUAAUAACCCAAGUGACUUGGCCUUUAAGAAUUGAAAUGAAUUCAUCACUUGUAUUACGUUAUUAUUUACAAAUAAAAUAAUAAUAUGUAUAUAAAUUGUAUUAAUGUUUAAGAUGAACAAAAAAAAAUAUGAAACAUUGUCAUUACUUAUGAGAUUGCCGGGUAUAUUAAGUGUGGAUAUAUAUAUAUAUAUGUAUAUUUAGAUCUAAAAAAAAAUUGAUCUUUAGAUCGUUACACACUGGUAU